CAAAACAUUUCGUCUCCCUCCUUCCUUUCCUAACCUAACACGCUGAGAAUUCAUCCCAAUUCUUCCAACUUAUAUCUAUAAAAAUAAAUAAAUAAAUAAAUAAACCCCCAAAAAUUAUUCAAAUUAAAAGCAAUUAAAAGUAGUGAUUUUUAUCUUUGGUAAUCAAUCAGCAUGGAUUCAGUGUCGUCAGUGUCGCCCACGAUAGUUCUUCCUCCUCCAAGUGACCCGCUCCGCCCUCGACGACUCGUCGUUUCUUCGCUAACCACUCAUCGCAAACACCACCGCAUCCCUCGUUUGUUUUUAUCUUCUUCUUCGAGGAGGAGGAGGAGAGUUCUUGAAGUUUCUUGUAAUUGGAGAAGUAGCGGGCGAUUCUCACAGCAAGAAGAAAAUAGUGAUGGCGAUGAGGAGGAGAAGGAAAAAGAGGAAGUGGAGAGAGCACUCCACAUGGACGGGACCAUUCCUGGAACUUCGAACGAGUUCGUGAAACAGGUGUCGUCCCGUGCCUACGACAUGCGUCGACACCUCCACCAGACCUUCGAUUCCAGCAGCUAUGAUGUACUGGAGGCCAAUCCGUGGAGGGAAACUUCAAAGCCAGUCUAUGUACUCACCCACCAGGAAAACCAAUUAUGCACAAUGAAAACCCGGAGAAAUCGCAGUGAAGUUGAAAGGGAGCUUGGCUUAUUGUUUUCCAAGGGAGGAAAGUGGAGGUCUGGAAUUGGUAAUCAGGCUAAACAGUCAAAAACCGGGACAAAGUUUCAGAUGCUUGUGGAGGAUAUUAGGGAGGGAGUGCUCGUAUUUGAAGAUGAAAAGGAAGCUGCAAGAUAUUGUGACUUACUGCAAGGCGGAGGUAAAGGUUGUGAAGGCGUUGCAGAGAUAGAAGCCUCAUCAGUAUUUGAUCUUUGCCAGAAAAUGAGGGCUCUCGCAGUUCUGUUCCGUCGAGGAAGGACCCCUCCUCUACCUCAAAGCCUUGAGCUUAACCUGAAGGCCAAGAAGCGGUCUCUUGAAGACACUGAGGAUGUGGUAUGAAGUUCCUCUACUUGGAAGAAUGUGGACAAGAAAUUGUGAUUGAACACCGUAACAUAAGUUCUUUAGCUGGAUCUAUAGUAUAUAAUACUCAUUUUAGCUUUCUCAAAGAAUGAAAAAAAAAUGUAGUAUAUAGUAUUUACUAAUUUGUAAUUUAAUUAUAGAACUGAAAUAAAUUUGUAUAUGUUGGUUUCUCUUCAAAGCUAAUGAUAAAUCCACAUUUAAAACAA